AUGUUUCCCGCGCUUGGUCUCGAAACGAGGAGUCGAACUGCAAAUGGAAUUGAUGUUUCGUAUUUCCAUUUGAAGGUGGUUUUUUCUCUCUGCGUCUCGAUUUACCUUGUAAAAGGCCGUGGAAGACCCUGAGGUCGUGCACGAUCGUGAUAUAAAUUUCAGAGAAAAGGUGGCCGAAUUUGGUUCUCUAGGCCAUUGCUCAUGUCAUACUAGAAUUUUCGAGAAGAAUUGUGUGUUUUCAAACUUUUCACGUUCGUCCCUCUUUUCUCUCGUUUUCCAUCCCAUAAUUGCGAAAAAUAACUGUUUUUAGAUAUGACGAAAUUGAACCAAAAGAAUGCUCUGCUCGAGUUAUAUUCAGUUGAAAUCACAGCAAAUUUUUCACUACGCAUUUUCUCAUUGCACAAUUUCACGUGUCGCUACAGUAUUUUCGCAAAAAAAAUUUCUUUCUUUGUGUUUUUUCACAAAAAAUGUGUUUUUGAAGCCGAAACCGAAGGAAACAUGCUCAAACUACAUUUUUAGAAGUAGUUGAUAAUUUUUCAAGUAGUAAUAGUUUUUUGAAUCAAAAGUUUCUUGUCUUUCCUGGGAAAAUCGAGAAAAAUGUGGAGAAACGUCAUAUUGAGCGGAAUUAGAAGAUUUAAAAGCAAUUUUCUGUCUUCUGGACCUCCCUCAAUCCUUCUUUGCUCAAUUCUGAUAGUGAAAAAUCAACUUUUCCCUGAAAUUCGGGUUCAAAUCCUCAAAAAACGUGUAAAAACAGGAUUUUAUUAGGCUCCGCCCAGAUGUGUGUGCCGCGUGUAAAACACAUUCUGCAAUGACUUUUUUAUUUGAGGUCACGUAGAAAAAAAUUUGCUGUGGAAAUUAGUCGAGUUUUAGAAGUUUUAUACCUCGAUCCUGGAAAAUCGGGAGAUUUGACUGAAUUUUUGCCGAUUGGACGAAUCGAAAAACUUUGUCAAGAAUAUUUGGAUGCAGAAUCAUUUGCAACACAAUUAUUCGAUGAAUUAAAGUCAUCUAUUCUUGCCCCAGAAAGAUUAUAUAAUGAAAUUAUGGCAUUUCUUUUCAAAAUUGAUAAGAAAGGAUCACUUCAUAGUUUAUUAGCAAUUUGCAAUGAAAAUACAUCAAGAAGCAUGUUCAAAAUCGUUCUUGAUAAUAUAGAUGGGUUUAUGCGAUUCACGGAUCCAAAAAGAGUUAUCGAUUAUCUUCAAGCUUUGCCCAGAUAUGAUGGAAUUGUGAAUGUGUUAAGAAAUGAGUUGGAAAGUCAGUUUAAUUCAAUUAUUUAUCGAAGUUUUAUAAUCAUUCAUUUAUAGGAAUCAGAAAUCCAGAAAUAAUGAAAAAGUUGGUCCUUCGAACAAUUCCACAACUUGGCCAAUUUUCUGCUUAUGAUAUUCUCUACACAAUUUAUGAAACACAACAUCCAGACAACAACGUAACUUGUGAAGCGAGACAAUUUGUGGAGAAAAUCGAACCGAAUUUUCUGCGAUUUUAUGGUUAGUUUUAGCAUAUUCCAUACAUUUAUUAUCACAAAAAACAUGCAGAAAAUCUCGAUGAAGAACGCAAACAUCCACGUGGCAAGCUGUUUUUCUGCCCGAUCACUUCGAAUUUGACCGAAUUACUAGUUCAAUUGGGAACUCCAGCAUUGGAGAAUAAUGAUCGAUUCAAGUGAGUGAAGAGAAAUAUUGCUAAUACUAAAAAAAUGGGCGGAGAAAUGAAAACAAACAAAAAAAAUCGAAAAUCAGUGUAAAAUUUAUCUUUUUUUUUUUAGAAUUAUUGAUAUUCUUUGGGAAAAUAUGCCGCAAACUGGAAGAUUUGAGAGGAUUAUAAUUGAAUCAGUACAAAAUCGAAUUCACGAAGGUAAUUCUUUCACUUUUUAAAUUAAUAGUUCAAUUUUAAUCACGAUUUUUAUAGAACAACCAAUUAUUCUUCGUCGAUAUCAACAGGAGUUAUGCAAAGUAGCGAUUGAGGGAAAAAAUACAAUUGUCACUGCUCCAACUGGUUCAGGAAAAACUGUAAUUGCUGCAAAUAUUCUGAAACAUCAUUUUGAGCAAGCAAGAAUCAAUGGAAAACAAUCGAAAGCAUUAUUCAUGACACCGAAUUCAGUUAUUCUCCAACAACAAGCUUCAAGUUUAUCGAAUUAUUUGAAACAUUUGUAUUUGGUGAAAAUUAUACAAGGAGCUGAAAAUGUGCCAGUUCGUGGAACUAUUUUAUCAAAUGAUUUGAUUGUUGCAACUCCACAAAUGAUUGUGUAAGUUUCUAAAUCAAAAACGUUUUCAAAAUAUUUUUGCAGAAAUUUAUGCAAUGAACAUUCUCAAUUUGAAAAUGAUCCGGAUAUAAAUGUGACCCAAUUCUUCCUUUCAACAUUUUCAAUCAUUAUUUUCGACGAAUGUCACAACACUCAAAAAAAUUCACCAUAUUCCAGUGAGUUUUUUAUUGGGUUUUAUUUUCAUCAAACUCAAAUUCAGAUAUCAUGAAAAUCUACCAUGAAAUGAAAAACACUGGAGUUAUGCCAUCUGGUCAUUGUUUACCUCAAAUCAUUGGACUUACCGCUUCUUUGGGUGUUGGACAAGCGAAAAACGAAUUAGAAGCUGUUGAUCAUAUCGCUGAUUUGGCUGCAAAUAUGGAUGUUCAUGAAUUGAGUGUGGUCCGAGAACAUAUUGGAGAACUUCAACAAUUUUCACCAAUCGUCCCGGAUAAUUUAUGUUUUUGUGAUAAACGAAUAGAUGAGACAAAUUUGCAAUUUGCUACGACGUUGGCACAAUUUAUGACAAAAAUGGAGAAAGUUAUGAUAAAUCUUAUUGGUAAGUUCGAAAGGUUUUCUUUCUAUCGAAUCAAUUUUAUUUAGAAUCAACGGGUGAUUUUGAAAUGCGUGGAAGAAAUAGUCCAGACACUCUUGAUGUUGGUCCAGUUCGUCGAGAAAGAGUCAAAGGAGAAUUCAAACUUCCACCACUUGACAAAGAUCAUGAAGCAUAUUUGAAUUGGGUCGCUAACCACAAAAUCCUGAUUUCUGAAUCGAAAUUCGAGAGAGAUAAACAAGUUUUUGAAAUCUUGGAAAUUUUGGAGAAAUCUUAUUGGACUCUUGAACACAAUUCGAAUUUCAACUCUCAAGAAGCCUACAAUCUCAUAAACGAAUUUAUGGAACAACAAAAACCAUCAUUGCAUAUGGAAGUUAUUCGAACUUGGGAAGAAUAUCAUCAUAUUCUUUCGCAAGCAAGAAAUUCAACAAAUCCAAUGAUUGAAAAGGUUGUGGAAAAUUUGAUUGAAUUGUAUAAUCGGAAUGAUGAUUUUCGAGCAAUUGUUUUCAUAAAAACACGUGUUGGAGCGGUGACAUUGGCUAAAAUAUUGAGUUCGAUUCAGGAAUUGAAAGAUAAGCAAAUUCGAACUGAUUAUAUAUCUGGUUAGUUCUUAUAAUUCGGAUUUCCAGUUUACUUUUCAAUACAAUAAUUUUCCAGGCUUGAACAAAGGAUCAGAUGAACUUGCGGCUUCAAAAAGAGCCCAACAAGAAAAAAUCGAUAAAUUUGCUGAAGGAUCAAUCAAAGUUCUUGUUGCAACUUCGGUCGCUGAAGAAGGUUUGGAUAUUGCAAAAUGUAAUUUGGUUGUCAAAUAUAAUUAUGCGACAAAUGAAAUUGCACAUGUUCAAAGAAGAGGUCGAGGAAGAGCAGCAAAUUCGAAAUGUAUUUUGAUCACUAAUAAUAUUCGAUUGAAAGAGCAAGAAAGCAGUAAUAAAACGAAAGUGAGUUCAUGUUUUUUUUUCGAAAAUAGGAAAGUCGACAAAAAAUUAUUUUCUGUGAAAAUGUUCAGCUUUACAAUUAGACAUUAAAAAAUUCACCGGAAUCUUUUCAGACGAAUAAAAAUUAAUUUUUUUCAGGAACAUUUGAUGUACGAAGCGAUGAAUAUGAUUUUGAAGAAACACAUCAAUUUUGAAAAUAUUGUUCGAUCAAAAAUGAUUGCAAUUUGGAAGAAUAUUCAAGACGAAAAAGCAGCAAAAGAAUCGAUUAUCCAAAAACAACUCAACUCAAAUAUCCAAUAUAAAAUACUGUGCAAGUAAGUUUUCAACUAAAUUAACAAUUUUCGAAAAAAAAAAUAUUGUAAAAUUCAGAAAAUGCAAAACUCUUCUUUGUAUGCAUUCGGAUAUUCGAGCUGAGAAAACACAGUAUUUUGUUUGCAAUCCGAAUUUCUGGAAAUUGAUUCGAAAAGUUAUGUUUUCUCCAUCUGAACAAGAAGCUGAGAUACGAUUUGGUGGAAAAGGAAAGGUGGGAAAUUCAAUUUUUGAAAUUAAAAAAUAUGUUUAAUUUUAAGAUUCAAUGCAAACAAUGUUAUUCGGGACUUGGAAGAUUGAUUGAAGUUCGAUCUGUUGAAUUGCCAUGUUUGGCAGCUGAUUGUGAGCUUUUCAUUCUAUAAUUUUUGAAAUAUUCUUUUAUUUUCAGCUAUUGUUCUGGAGUAUUGUGUAAAUAGUCAAAUCGAGCUGAAAAUGUGUAGAAAAUGGAAGGAUGUGAGUUAUAUUUGAAUAUUUCAAAAUGAUUAUAAUUUUCAGAUCCUCAAGAAUCAUUUCACUCCACAAGAUUUGCGAGCUUUGGACAUCAAAACAAUGCAAGCCGAAAAUCGUCAAUUAAAUUUCGAAGUUGAUUCUCUUGGAGAAAUUUUGAAUAUUUUAAGGGAUUAG